AUGAGGUGUAUAGUUGAUGUAGCAAUAUAGUCAGUCAUAUUGUUGCAGGAUCGAUCUAAGCAUAUCAUUUUGAUUAACAUCUUUUGAGAACAAAGUAAAUUAUUAUUAUUUAGUUUGAAUUUAAAUUGGAAUUAUUAGCUUUUUGGACAACAAGAUUAGCAUAUUUUCUAUUCAAUUAUAGAAUUUUAAGAGGAUUUAGAGAUCCUAGAUAUGAAGUUAUUUUUGACGAAUAUAAGAAAGAGAACUUUAAAAGAGAUGUUGUUGUUGAUAAUAUAUUUUGCAAAGAUUCAUUGUAUUUGUAACUAGUUCUUCUUUGUAUUUCUUAUUUAAGAAUAAAUUAAAUCCUUAAUCUAUGGCAAUUUUAGGAACAUCUACUUAAUAGAUAUAUUUUGAAGGAUUAGCUGGUUAUACAUAUUCCUAUCUAUUAUGGAUCAUCAAUUAUAAUAAUUUAAGGAUCAAAAAAUUAAAUUUUCAAAUUCUAUAUUUAGGUAGGUUUAUGGAAAAAAUAUAGAAAAGAGCAGACAUCCAAAUUUAUUUUUUGA